AAAGAAAGGAGAAGAUAUCAGCUUCUUCUGGGUUGUUUCUUCUCUCAAGCAAAACAAGUCUCUCUGCUUCCCUUCUUUUUUGAUCUCUGAAGAAAAGAAUCUGUCUUUGCAAUGGAUCAGAUGUUAAACAAGGUUGGAUCCUACUGGUUAGGUCAGAAGGCUAACAAGCAGUUUGACUCUGUUGGCGACGAUAUCAACUCGAUAUCAACGAGUAUCGAAGGAGGAGCAAAAUGGUUGGUCAACAAAUUCAAAGGAACAAUGCAGAAGCCGUUGCCUGAGUUGCUGAAAGAAUAUGAUUUGCCUGUGGGCAUCUUCCCUCGCGAUGCUACAAACUAUGAGUUCGAUGAACAGACCAAGAAGCUGACGGUGCUGAUCCCAUCCGUAUGCGAAGUUGGCUACAAGGACUCAUCCGUCCUCAAAUUCACCACAACAGUAACGGGAUAUCUGGAGAAAGGAAAGCUAGGUGACGUGGAAGGGAUGAAGACGAAAGUGAUGAUAUGGGUCAAAGUCACAAGCAUCUCUGUAGAUUCCUCAAAGGUGUAUUUCACAGCAGGGAUGAAGAAGAGCAGAAACCGAGAUGCUUAUGAGGUUCUAAGAGAUGGCGUUCGAGUCGAUAAAUUCUAACUCUAUCCUACUAAGAGUAUAUAUAUAUAUAUAUAUAUAGAUAUAUAUAUAUAUAUAUUCUCAUUUGUUGUCGAGAUUCAAAUCUAAAGUUUAAAGCUUUGUUGGGUUUACAUGAUGGGUUUCUGAUACAAUAACUAUGUGUUG